CCGGGGACCAAGCCGCGAAGACAGUGUGGGCAGAAGAGAUGGAGGGCGACGGGUUGCCGUGGGGGAGCGAGCCAGUCUCGGGUCCCGGCCCCGGAGGCGGCGGAAUGAUUCGCGAGAUGUGCCGGGGGUUCGGUCGCUACCGCCGCUACCUGGGCCGGCUGAGGCAGAACCUGCGCGAAACCCAGAAGUUCUUCCGCGACAUCAAGUGCUCCCACAACCACAGUUGUGCCUCCUCCCCGACGGGCGGCGGCUGGGCCGAGUUCGGCCCUGCUGGCGAUGUCGCCGAAACCGGGCUGCAGGCGGGCCAGCUGAGCUGCAUUUCCUUCCCACCUAAGGAAGAAAAGUACCUCCAGAAGAUUGUGGACUGCCUCCCUUGCAUACUGAUCCUCGGCCAGGAUUGUACUGUCAAGUGUCAGCUGUUGAACCUGCUGUUGGGGGUGCAGGUGCUUCCCACCACCAAGCUGGGCAGCGAGGAACGCUGUAAGCUCCGGCGCCUCCGCUUCACCCAUGGGACUCAGACUCGGGUCAGCCUGGCGCUCCCUGGACAGUAUGAACUAGUGCACACACUGGUUGCUCACCAGGGCAACUGGGAGACCAUCCCCGAGGAGGAUCUGGAGGUCCAAGAGGACGGUGAGGAUGCUGCUCAUGUUUUAGCCGAACUGGAGGUAACGAUGCACCACGCUCUCUUACAGGAAGUGGACAUUGUGGUCGCACCAUGCCAAGGCCUCCGGCCCACCGUGGAUGUUCUGGGCGACUUGGUGAAUGAUUUCUUGCCUGUGAUAACCUAUGCACUCCACAAAGAUGAACUCUCUGAGAGGGACGAGCAGGAGCUUCAGGAAAUCCGAAAGUAUUUCUCCUUUCCCGUGUUCUUUUUCAAAGUGCCGAAGCUGGGCUCAGAGAUAAUAGACUCCACCAGGAGAACGGAGACCGAAAGAUCACCGCUUUACCGCCAGCUGAUUGACCUGGGCUAUCUGAGCAGCAGUCACUGGAACUGCGGGGCUCCCAGCCAGGACACUAAAGCUCAGAGUGUGUUGGUGGAACAAAGUGAGAAGCUGAGACACUUGAGCACAUUUUCUUACCAGGUGCUACAGACACGCCUGGUGGACGCGGCCGAGGCCCUGAACCUGGUGCACUGCCACUGCCUCGACGUCUUCAUCAACCAGGCCUUUGACAUGCAGCGGGACCUGCAGAUUACUCCCAAACGCCUGGAAUAUACUCGAAAAAAGGAGAAUGAGUUGUAUGAGUCACUGAUGAAUAUUGCCAACCGAAAGCAGGAGGAAAUGAAGGAUAUGAUUGUUGAGACACUCAACACCAUGAAGGAGGAACUUCUAGACGAUGCUACCAACAUGGAGUUUAAAGAUGUCAUUGUCCCUGAGAAUGGAGAACCAGUGGGCACAAGAGAGAUCAAAUGCUGCAUCCGACAGAUCCAGGAACUCAUCAUCUCCCGGCUCAAUCAGGCAGUGGCUAACAAGCUGAUCAGCUCAGUGGAUUACCUACGUGAGAGCUUUGUUGGAACGCUGGAACGUUGUUUACAGAGCCUGGAGAAGUCUCAGGAUGUCUCAGUCCACAUCACCAGUAAUUAUCUCAAACAGAUCUUAAAUGCUGCCUAUCAUGUUGAAGUCACGUUUCACUCAGGGUCCUCGGUUACAAGGAUGCUAUGGGAGCAAAUCAAGCAGAUCAUCCAGCGCAUCACGUGGGUGAGCCCACCUGUCAUCACUCUGGAAUGGAAGAGGAAAGUGGCCCAGGAAGCCAUCGAGAGCCUCAGUGCCUCCAAAUUGGCCAAGAGCAUUUGCAGCCAGUUCCGUACUCGGCUCAACAGUUCUCACGAGGCUUUCGCAGCCUCCUUGCGGCAGCUGGAAGCUGGCCACUCGGGCCGGCUCGAGAAAACCGAAGAUCUGUGGCUGAAGGUUCGGAAAGAUCACGCCCCGCGCCUGGCCCGCCUUUCUCUGGAGAGCCGUUCUUUGCAGGACGUCUUGCUUCAUCGUAAACCUAAACUGGGACAGGAACUGGGCCGGGGCCAGUAUGGCGUCGUGUACCUGUGUGACAACUGGGGGGGACACUUCCCCUGUGCCCUCAAGUCAGUUGUUCCUCCAGAUGAGAAGCACUGGAAUGAUUUGGCCUUGGAGUUUCACUACAUGAGGUCGCUGCCCAAGCACGAGCGCUUGGUGGAUCUCCAUGGUUCGGUCAUCGACUACAACUAUGGUGGUGGCUCCAGCAUCGCUGUGCUUCUCAUCAUGGAGCGGCUGCACCGGGACCUCUACACAGGGCUGAAGGCUGGGCUGACCCUGGAGACGCGUUUGCAGAUAGCACUAGAUGUGGUGGAGGGAAUCCGCUUCCUGCACAGCCAGGGACUUGUGCAUCGCGACAUCAAACUGAAAAACGUGCUGCUAGACAAGCAGAACCGUGCCAAGAUCACUGACUUAGGAUUCUGCAAGCCGGAGGCCAUGAUGUCAGGCAGCAUCGUGGGGACACCAAUCCACAUGGCCCCUGAACUUUUCACAGGAAAGUAUGAUAAUUCCGUGGAUGUCUAUGCUUUUGGGAUUCUUUUCUGGUAUAUCUGCUCAGGCUCUGUCAAGCUCCCCGAGGCAUUUGAGAGGUGUGCCAGCAAAGACCAUCUCUGGAACAACGUACGGAGAGGGGCGCGCCCAGAACGGCUUUCCGUGUUUGAUGAGGAGUGCUGGCAGCUGAUGGAAGCUUGUUGGGAUGGUGACCCCUCGAAGAGGCCUCUCUUGGGCAUUGUCCAGCCCAUGCUCCAGGGCAUCAUGGACCGGCUAUGCAAGUCGAAUUCUGAGCAGCCAAACAGAGGGCUAGAUGAUUCUACUUGAAAGCAAGGACCUUUCUCUUUCAUUCUCUAUUUCUUUCCUUCCCCUCACCUUUUGGCCAUGGGGAGAAUUUGACAUUUAUUCACCAUAGGGCACUCCCAAGGGAACUGGUGCUUGCUGGGCAACUUGAGACCUUCCAGGCAGAGAUGACUCCAGGACAGUGAAGAGUCGGAUGACUGAGCAUAUUCGGCAGUUCACCGAAGCCCCGAGCUAUCCGUUUAGCAAGAGUGUCUAAGCCGUGUGAAAGCUGAGGAAUGUGAUGUUCUGGCCUCACAACUGAAAAGGAGGCAACUGUUACCAUUGUCUACUCACUGUAUAAGUUUCUAAGACAACAAGUGGGACACUGCGUGGCAACAGUAUUAAAACCUGUCGUUUUCAUGAUUUGAGCUCCAGCUAGGAAUCAUUUGGUCAGGACCCUUAGAAAAAUGAGCUUAGUUCUGGGAUGAUGAGAACAUGGGGACAAAAAAAAAAAAAAAUUUAACAGAUGUCUGGUUCCUGCUAUCUGCAACCAGGAUGUCAGGUUGCAACAGUCAGAAGGCCGGUGAGGGAGGUGGAAACAAAGCUAUGUGCUUCUUCCAGCACCAGUGUGUUCACAUGUGUAGGGCCCCAUGUCCCUGGUUUCUAGGGGAAGGUUUCACUGUUACAUCACCAAGAGGCCAAAAGA